AUGAAAGUAACAAAAAUUCGAGAAGCAUUUUGCCAUGGUUUGUGGUCACCUACUAAGUCUGACUUUCUUUUUUCCCUUAACUGUCUUCCUCUGAACGAACAGCAAGUAGCUUUGCGUUUUGCCUACCAACGAGAUGUACUUAGUUCUAUGGUUGGAAAGUUACUUAUCCGUGGAACAGCUGUACGAUACCUUAAGAUUUCUCCACAUGAUGUUAAACUAGAACGUUCUCCGGAAGGAAGGCCAUAUAUUUUGGGUUAUUCUGAUGUGUUGGACUUCAAUAUUUCACAUGGUGGCGACUUCACCAUAAUUGCUGCAACUCCUGUGGGACGAUGUGGGGCUGAUGUCAUGCCUAUAGAACUACCAGCAUUUCAAAGGUCCGUAAAUGACUUCGUUUUGAAAAUGAAGGACGUAUUUUCCUCUACAGAAGUGAACCGUAUUUUAUCCUCUGGGUCAGAAGCCGAAAAAAUGAGAAAAUUUUAUGAACACUGGUGUUUUAAAGAAGCUUACGUUAAAGCUUUAGGAUGUGGACUUCGUAUCCCCUUAAAAACAAUAGAAUGCCAGUUUUCUGACGAUGGCAAUGAAUUCUCGAUUAGUAAUGAGCUUACAAAUCAGCCAGAUAAAAAUUGGGCCUUUGAAAAACAUAACCUACCUGAAAACCAUCUGGCGGUAGUUGCUUGGUUUGAAAACACAUAUGUGGAGACCAAAACCAGUACUUCAUUUUCCCAACUGACAUUUGAACAGUUACUGGACAAGUUAGCAGUCCUAUCGCCUGUAGAUAAUACUGCUUGGGAUCAAUUUUUGAGGAAGCCUCAUUCACCACCAUCAUCUCGUCAACGAAUUCAAGUUUCAUGA